GUCCGUCGUAUAGAUCGCUGGCUGGCUGACUGGCUGUCUGGCUGAAAAUAGUGAACGAAGUAUGAGUUUUCGAAAUGUUUGAUUAAAAAGUGAAGUGAAUUAGUGAGUGACUGUCAUCCAGCAAGAUGGUUGAUGACGUGAAUAUUGCGGAAACCGCUGAAAGUAAAGCGUCUGCAGAAGCUCUAGACAGAGCCAGAUUAGCGCGAGAAAGACGCGAAGCGGAACAAAGGAAGCGGCUCGAUGAGCUGCGAGCACACGCAGCGGCCGCGCAAGCGCAGCGGGAGAAGCGGGACGAGGAGCGACGGAAGAGACAGGCCGAGCAGAGAUCGAGGGAUGACGACAGGAGGGUACAGGUAGAAGAACGCAAACGAGCGAUAUGGGAGGCUUCAGUAUCGCGACGCGAAGCGUUGCUGCAACGGGAGCGCGAGCGCACGGAGCGUCUAGAGCGCGCGCGUGCCGCUCGCUCGUCUCCCCGCUCCGCGUUCGCCUUCGGAUCGUCCACCCCCCGCCUCCUCGAGCCGCUCGACUCGGCGGGAUUCUUCUGGGCCGCGCGCAGUACCAACCCCAUUGAUCAGAUGAACUUUUUUGAGUCACUGGCGGCAUCAACAACUAAUGUGAUGUUCGCGUCUGCGCCGCUCACGAGGCGCGCGUCCGCGCUGCACCUCGACUCAGACAAUGAUAAUAAAGCUUCUAUAGGAUUGAGGAUGUUUACAAGUUUCUACGAACCCGACCGACAGCCACCCGUAGCCAUGUGGUCGAGCGUGGCGCGUCGCCGCACCGACCUCGUGCCCACGCUACCCGCGCCGCGUGCCCCAGGUAGAGCCUACUCCAUGACGCGGCUCGACAAGCUGCCGUCGCGUCCACUCUCCGGCUCUCCCUCCAUGCACCACCUCAACAGGACCCAGCCGCGGUCGGGCGACACGACGCCGGCAUCGGGCUCGCGGCCCGCCAGCGCGCUAUCCGGCGCCGCGCCCGCACUCGCGCCCGCGCUGCGCCCGCGGCCCGUGCGCAAGCCCCGCCCCGCCUCCAUCGCCGGCACGGGGGUCAACACGCCCAGAGGCGGGUUGGACACGAACAGCCAGAGCGCGGCGACGACGCCGUCGGUGUCGCGCGACAGCACGGUGAUGGCGGCCGCCGUGCCGCGCCGCGCGCACACCACGCCGCGCCGCCCGCGCCCCGCCUCGCUGCACGCCUCGCGGCCAGGUAACGUUGUGUACUGUGUGUGUGUAGCCAGCCACAGGCGGGUGGACGCGAACAGCCAGAGCGCGGCGACGACGCCGACGGUGUCGCGCGACAGCACGGUGAUGGCGGCCGCCGUGCCGCGCCGCGCGCACACCACGCCGCGCCGCCCGCGCCCCGCCUCGCUGCACGCCUCGCGGCCAGCUGUCGCAGCCCCCAACGCCUCGCCUAUAGCGCCGGGCGAGGGCAAGCCGCCCUUGCACAGAAAGCCAAAGCCCUCCAAAGAGCAUCCCAACCGCAAGUCCACGUCCGCGUCGCCCGGACGCGCGCUCUCGCCCGAGCCCCAGCACUCGAAGGAGCCUAGCCAGGACAAAGAUAUUGUCAAGCAAAAGCCGAGUGAUAAGAAUCACGUCAACGCGCACGAAGUGAGUCAAAAGCUGGAAGCGUUACAGAUACAGAAUGGAAAUGAAAAUGCCAGACAGCCACUACACGAUAAGGUUAAUGAAAACAAAGAAAACCAGAAUAUAAACAUAGUCAAUCCACCGGUUGCGGUAAAUAAAGUAGAAGAGGCCAAGCCUGAAAUAGUAGAAGUACAGAAGCCAGUCGAAGUGCAUAAAGUAGAAGAUAACAAACAAAUUGUAGAAGAAAAUAAAGAAAUUGUAGAACAAAAAGUAGAAAAAGGCAAGGAGAAAGUAGAACAAGUAGAGCAAAUAAUUGAAAGGCCUGAGGAAAAGAAAGAAAUUGUUGUAGAAAAGAAAGAAAAGUCAGAAGAGAAGAAAGUUGAAGAAAAGAAAGAACCGUCCCAAGAAAAGGCUGAAGAAAACGAGAUGACAGCGUCUAUGAUCUCGCGACGCAUCACCACGGAGGAGGAAGCCAAGGCCGCGCUGGCCGAGCGCCGCCGCCGCGCCCGCGAGGAGCUGGAGCGGCAGGCCGAGCUCGAGCGGCAGAGACUGCAACGCGAAGCCGAGGAGGAGGCGGAGCGGCAACGCCACGAUGAGGAGCGGCAGCGGCGCGAAGAGGAGGAGGCCAAAGAGCUGGCGCGCCUGCAGCGGGCCGAGCAAGAGGAGAAACUUAGGAAAGCCAUUGAGGCGCAACAGCAAGUAGAGCGCGAGGAGGCCGAGCGAAAAGCGCGCGAAGAGGCCGAGCGAGUGGCGCGCGUCGCCGAGGAAAACGAGAAGCGACGACAGGCCGAGGAGGCCGAGCGGCUCCGGCGCGAGGAGCUCGAGCGCACCGAGCGCGAGCGCGUCGCGCGCCGCCAGCGCGUCGAGGCCAUCAUGGCGCGCACCCGCCUCAGGAAGGCCGAAGAAGAUAAGAAGCAACAAGAUGAGAAGGACCAGCAGGAGGACGGUGCCGACAACGGCAACGCCGACAGCAGCGCGCCCGACCCGCCGCAGCAGGCUUCCGAGCCCACGGGGGCGGCGGCGGCGGCGGCAGCGGCGGAGGCGGAGGAGGCGCCGGCGGCGGCGGCGGCGGCGGCGGCGGCGGCGGCGGCGGCGGCCGUCACCAACAACGGCAACGACACGGCCGACCUGCUGGGGCUGUCCGACACACACACGAUCGAAGACAAAUCGCAGGAGCAGCCGACGGCCAAGAACCCAUCAAACGACAACGCCAACAACGCCUUGGCGGCGCCCACCAACAACGGCAACGCCAACAGCGCCAACAGUAUGGCGCACAUCUCCGCCUCGUUCCUGCAGGGCGAGCGCGGCGCCGACCUCGCCCAGAAGCAAGCGCCCGACGCCUUCGACGAGGACUUCUCCACGCACAACGGCCACGGCGCCGCCGCCCGACCCCAUCCGCUCACGCUGCAGAACGCCAUCUAGGGCCCCGACCGAACAAACCGAACUCAUCGUUCGCCUGAUAACGUCCACGAACUACUUAUCGCGGAUUAACCUCUAGUUUUAGCUGGUCGAAAUGAUAUCUAAAAGUACGCGAUUAUCGAGAGAUGUCUCAAUGUAAAAGGUGACGUAUUGAACGAACAGAAUCAAUGUUGCCGGCUCCCCUAGUAACUAAAGCGAUUUGUAAAAAUUGUUGUAAAAUUAAAAUUGCACGCACAUUUAUUAUUAGUAAUAAUUGAAAAUUCAAUUUCUGUUUCGUUCAAUAUGUCACCCGGUAUACAUAUUGGCUGUCUGAUAGACUGAUAAGGCGAAGCGUAAACUGCUUUCUAAGUUUGUAUGUAAAAUUGGUACGUCUAUCGUCGCCAUUUAAAUAGACUAAUGCCAUGAUUAAUUGCUAGAAAAUAAAUAUAUAAUACGAUUUAUUUUGGCAAGUAGUUCCAGCACGUAAAAAAUAAUUUGCGAGUACACGUCUACUAUUUAUAGUUGCUCGCUUAAACUACCGUGCGCAACACUGCAAUGCGCAAUUACAAUUUUUUUUUGUUUUUUUUUUGUUAGCGGAGUGGGCGAAUGUUGUUACGCAGCGGCUCGCAGCUCUCACUGGCGAGAGGGGAGGGAGAACCUGGCCCUACCCACUAAACCCACUCCGGCGUUUCAUAUCCUCUUUGCCGUUUGUGAGGGCGCCAUGGGAUCGAGUACACUCUACCAUGGCGCUCCCCGGCAGCCCCGGCUUGGCGCCAGGACACCCGCACAAUGGGGGGGGGGGGGGAUCAGAGCGCAAUUACAAUGUAGGUAUAAUGUCAACAUCUAAUUGUUUUCACCUUUUGAAAGAUAUUAGAACUGGUGUAACUGUAGUUGUUUCAUCUACAUUCAAACACUCAAAUAAAUGUAUAGACUUGUUAUAUUGAGGUUUUUUAAUUUUCUAGUUAAUCGUAUAUGUUGAGUAUGUGAGAACGUAAUAUGAAAGGUGCCUUGAAAUGUCGGUUUUAAAUUUAGUUACUAUUUCGGUGCUACAAUUUUUUUAGUUUGCAAUAACAUAUAUUGGUUAGUUAUUAAAUUAAAAAAUGUAGACAUAAUUGCAAUAUGAACUAGACAUAAAUAAGAAAUGAAUUUGGAAAUAAGUAUUGCAGUCGUAGCAGCCAAUAUGUAUGCCUUGAGAACGAACGGGUUGUGGGGUAUGUAUCUGCUUCUCUUUUAGAUACUAGAUAGACAAAAAGAUGUAACGUCUAGUAAGCUAUGCGAUUAGGACCAAACUGAGUCAGUACACACAACAUUCUGGCUGGAUAUAAGAAUCGCGGUUGUGGAAAAUGUGUAGUUUGGCCAGUCAUUAUCAUAAUUAGGGAAAGGCAAGAAAUUUACAAAAAAAAGGUCUGGAAGAAUGUCCACAUUUUCUUUUAAAUUUCUCGCCUUUUCUAGUGACUCCAAUGGCUGUUUCCAAUAUAAUAGUAAUGUGUUAUAUCCAGUGGUAUAAAUAUCUAUUCGUAUAUGUCGUAUUACAUCUGUGGGCUUGAUGCGUCGUGAACCACGUUAAACGAAUGGUUAAAUUUAAAUAUCGAAUAUUUAAAUUUGAGAAGCAGACUGUUAGUAUGAAUAUAUAAAAUAUUAAUGCAUUUAUAUUGCAAAUCCUUGAUUCUAUUAAGAUGUUUCCAAGCUUAUCAUAUUGCUGACUUUAAGCAAAGAUAAUAAUAAAAAAUAAAUAACAAAUAAAAUAUAAUAAUUAAUCACUGCUUAACAUUUCGAGUUAACGGGAAGUAAAAACAUAUUUUCGUACAUUAAUCAUUGAGAAUUCAUUUAGCGUAGUCGAGACAGAAAACGAGUAUGUAUGACUAGGAUCAGGGACUAACGGAAUUAAUGUCAUUAAUUUCUAUAAAUUAUCAUUAAUUGUUCACGUUUGAUAGUAUCUUUGAUAGGUUGUGUAUAAAAUGCUGUUUUUGCAGUGCGUAUUACAUUUUGUGUAAAUUAUAAUUAGUUUUUAUUUAUUGUGAUGUUUUAUUAAUGACCCGGUUGUAGGAAGUAUUUAUAAGGAAAUCAAUUUAUCACUUCGCUACUCUUUAGAGACUGUCGGAUGCGUUUAUUGCGACGCGCUUGUGUGGGAGCGCGGUCAAUGUUAUUCUUAGUUUUGUCCGCAUUUUUGUGGCAGUAUCUCAAUGUUCGGCUUCGAAUUGGGAUGCACGAAUUAACUUGACCCGAGACAUUUUCAGAAACAUUUUGUUUCUGAUUAGGCCUCUGUCUCAUGCAGCUGACUUUCACGCUCGUUUUAAAUACGACAUUUUUAUACAUAUGUGCAUAUCGUUGCCGCUUUGUGUACGCAUUUAGAAAUCAUUUGCUCAUCCCAAUGUUAGUUGCUUUAAAUAAUCCCAGUGUAAAAAUCAAUGAAGCAAAAUAAGAACUAGUGAUGAAAUAAAGGCCUGUCUAAGAAACCAGUUUGAUAAAAUUAUCAACGAACAAUUUGAAUACAUAUAACACUAACAAGCCAAUAUUUAAUGAACGCUUCUCCACUAAUCAAAUAAUGAAUAAAAAAACACUAUGGAAGGGUGUUCAAAACAGGUUUUACUACACAUGCUACAUUAUGUUAUUUUAUUAUACAAUAGCUACAUAGUGUGCUUGUUACCAGACGAUCACACGAGGCGCGAUUGUGACACAUAAGUACUUGUGACAUUGUAUAUUAUCCCUUUGGUAGUUGAAAGCUCAAGUCAAACAACCAUAACUUAAGUAACGGAGUUAAGUUAAAAGAGGUAAAAAUAUAUACAUUGAUAAUUUGAUUCUUGCUAUCAAGUACCAAAUGGGUCUUUAGACCAUUACCCAUAAUAACAAAUAUGUAGCCGUAUAAUAAUAAUUAAGUUAUUAAACGAUGCAUAAACAACUUUUGUAAAAUAAGUAGUUAGCGUUCAAAUAAAUACUACCUAUUUUCUCCUGCUUAUUUUAUUUACAUUCUGUUAAGAUUUCUUAAAAUCACACAAUUUUCAAUAUUUUUCAUGUAUAGCGUUUUUAUUUUUACCGUUCUAUGCUUGGAUACAAUAAAUUAAACUUUAGGUAAAUUUAACUGUAUUUAACCUAAUAAUUAUAAUAGUAACAAAUUAUCUAAUAUCAGGAACAAAAGUUCCAAAACUUGUAUAUUCCAUUCAUUUCAUUAUUCUAUUAUAGUAUAAAUUGUUUUAUAACUUUCAACCAGCAUCGUUUCUAUGUACAGUCACGUCUGAAAUAUCAAUAGGGUCGUGUAUACAUAUUUUUGGCACUUUGUCCGUAUCGAUAUUUUCAGACGUGACGGUACAUAUUUUGGUACUAGAAAGCUGCUUUUAUACAUAUUGCCCUAAACAGGUUUUGGUUUACAAAUCCAUAUUCUUAAACCUUUGGACCGCCUUUUACAUACUAAUCCAAAAAUGUCACAGACUCGCCAAGUAUAGCUAGUACAAGCUAAUAAAAAACUUGAUCACAUAAAGGUUACUACUUUGACUGCGUACGUGCGCCACACGAGUAAUAAACACAUGGGGCUAUAGGCGCCUUUUAAGGGUUUUAGGCAUUCAAAGGAUUAAGUAUUGUUUUAUCCUAUUGUGUAAAUUGGGAAGGCAUAUUGAAAAAAAAAAUACUUAAAGAAGAAAAAAGGUUAGAAUUUAUCAUUUUUGUAACUGUUGUAAGUAUUUUUUAUGGCUAUUAUAUGGUCAUUUUAGCCUUUAUUAUAUCCGAACAAUAGUGCCUGUUAUCAAAUGUAUAUUUAGUUUGUAUCUAUUUUUCUGGGAUCGUCCUACAAUCAUGUGUUUGAUGUUUAUAAACCUCCUUUUACUUAAAUAUUAUCUAUGAUUUUGUCCGGUGUAUAUUAGGUUCAGGAAAUGUUCUCAUAACAGCAAAUCAUUGUGAUAAUGAUAAGUGGGUAGAGUUAGACCAAGAAAAGUCUGCAACGAUUUUGAUAGCACACGCAAUGCUAGUGUUAUUUUAAACGUCAAACUUCUAUGAAAUUAUGACGUAUAAAUAACACUUGCACUGCGUGUGCUAUCAAAAUUGUUGCACUUAUCUUGGCCUAACUUUAAUUGUAUAAAGGACCAAAAUAUUAGUCCAUGUCAAACCGUAACACAACGUGUAGUAAUGCCGUCUAAGAUUUUGGGAUAGGGAUUAUAUCACUUUUUUUCUUUUAAAACGCUAUUAUUAAAGAUGACGGCCUGAAGGAAGGUAACUUUUUGUUCAUAUUUAUACGGUUGUUUUCAUUAUCACUCAUCAUUAUACCUACCUGUAAUGUAUUUAUGUGUAUAACACUCGAGACAUGGCUUCUAUGUACGAUCUAUUCUAUAUUAUGUUAGCAAUCGAUGGAUUUAUAAGGAGAAAGUUUUAAUAAAAAAUAUUAUGAAAUUUA